AUGACAGUCAGCGCAGCCCAAAAAGAGGUGUCGGAAGCCGUGAAGAACGACAAUCGCGAUGUUUCCGACCUGUGGAAAGAGGCUCUAAAAGCCUACAAAGGCAUCGUGGGGUUUGACCUCGAGCGCAAGUUCGAUAACGUUCAGGCGAUGAUCGCUCAAGGCACCCACGAGAUGGAGAACUUCCACAAGUUCCGCCACAACGACAAGAAAGUGGACAAACUGCGAGGUCUGUUUGCCGCCAAUCUCGAUUACAUCGAAAAGGGCGCACAGCAGCUCGUCGCGGCAGCUGUCCCAGCUUUCCCUCCGGCUGCAGCCAUUGGCACCGCGGUCACCAUUAUGCUAAGCGCAUGCCGCCAAGUCUCGGCAGACUAUGACAUCGUGAUGGUGUUCUUUGAAGACAUGAAUAGCUUUUUGCAGCGUAUCACGAUUCUUGAGACUAGACUCCCGAAACACAAGGGUUAUCAAAAUUGUCUCAUGGAUGUUUUCACGUCUUUCCUAGUCAUGUGUGGCUUUGCGCACAAGUUCAUCGAGCUAGGCCGUUUCAAGAAGUGGAUCAGUAACCUUCUUCAGGGCGAGGAUAGCGAGCUUGGCGGCGCUCGUAAAGGCAUGGAUCUCAAGAUUCGACGUCUCCAGCAAGCGACAGAGUUUGCAAUCCUCGGCAACACCGAAGAGCUCCAGAAGAUGAGCACAGAGUUGUUGACUAACCAAAACACACACACUGCAAUGCUGGAGGAGCAGAUGCAGGUCAUGAGCUCGAUUCGUAACACCACCGAGAUGAUCCAAAGUGACAUGGCGAAGUUGCUGAAAGCCUUCAACGACCAAAAGCGCGAAGAAAAGAAGGAUCGUGGCAACGACCAACGUGGUAAGGCGGCGGAGCAGAAUAAGCCACCAUCUGCGAAGAGGAUCCGCAACAUCCUGGUAGAGGUUGAGGGUGAAGAUCAUGAGUACCACGUCUUGAAGGAAACACUUGUCAAGGACACCUGUACUUGGGUGUUUUUGCAACCAGCGUGGGACGAGUGGCUGAAGCAGGGCCAAACCGACCACUUGACUCUGGCCAUCACAGGAGACCCCGGCACUGGAAAAAGUCACAUCGGGCUCACUGUCUACGAAAGACUGGUUAACGAAGCCAUGAACGACACUUCGAAACUUACGUGUGCCGCACAUUUCUACUUCCGAGAACAAUCGUCAAGUCUCUCAAACUUCUGCAACGCCAUUACAACUGUCAUCAUCCAAGCUGUUGAACAGAACGCUUCACUCUGUGAGCUAAUCAACGCAGAGAUAAUGAAGGACGACUUCGACAUGGACUCAUAUGUUGCCGAUUCACUCAUUCGUCAAAUCUUGGUUCCCGCGUUCGGAGAAGCCUCCAAGUACAAGCUGUUCCUACUUUUGGAUGGGCUUGAUGAGCUCGAGGAUCUCAACGAGCUUCUCAGUUUUCUCAAAGUAAUACGUGAGGAAGAUCUGAGAAUACAUGUGGCCUUCACAUCUAGACCAGGGGUUCUAUCCAGUGUGAAAGAAUCAUCACCCGUGCUUGCGGUUGAUGUCACGAGGGAAAACCAAAAGGAAGAUCUGAGAGCGUUCAUCUGGAGUCACAUCAACUCCUUGUCUACCAUUAGGAAGUUCGAUCGCUAUGUUCAACAACAUGUACCUGGACAUGCUAACGGCCUAGACUUCUUGUACGCGGCGCAUAUGCUUACGCGUUUUGACAAUCUCGGCCGCGAAGGCGCUGUUAUCCGGAACCUGGAAAAACCAUUGCCCUCAGGACUUCAUGGGAUCUAUGAAGGCUUGUUGACUGACUGCUAUCGUCGCACUGAGCUCGAGCACAAGCCCGUUGUGUCUAAGCUACUUCAUUGGAUGGCCUUAGCUUUUCGACCAUUGACUCUCAACGAAGUGGUCUCACUGGUACGAUUAUGGUUGAAUGAUGCCAAGUUUGACCUUGAGAGUGUUCCCGAACCCUUCGAGAGCUUUCUUCAGGUCGGUGAUCCUGGCUCUGAUGCCGAAGAACGUGUCAAGAUCCAGGCUCAGGGCGGUUGGGGCACGGCUGUAAGCGAGUUGGAGAAAACGCAGACAGCCGUCGACCGUGAGGCCAUCUACAAUGAUGGUGAGCUGCCUGUCAAGUUUAAGGAGCGCUCUAUGCGAAUGUUCUUCAUUAAAGAGCCUGACGCGGCCGACAUUCACGCCCACCGCAUAAGGCCCUCAGAGAUUCAUCGGCAGAUGUUCCUCGACUGCACCAAGCUUGCCUGCACUACGAGCCACUACCCAUUCCCGAUUGCCAGUGCUCUCAGUCGUUAUGCAGUGGUUCACAUGAUACCACACUGGUCUCGCAUUGACUUCGAAAGUCAUACGGUUGCGGAACAAAUCGAGGCCAUGGAGGCGCUGGCUUCUACGUUGUCGAAUAAAAAGUCGUUCUCCCGGAUGAUGGAGUGGACUGGGUCCAGUUACUCGAGUACAUUCACCGAUGAAGUUUUCGAAAGAGUCUCAAGAUGGGGUCAACUUCUCAGCGUCCACAACGAGGGAAUGGACAAGGAUGCAGUUGAGUGGUGGAGAACUGUCUCAGAAAAUCCGCGAGUGUGUUUGCUCUCUCUCAUCAAGGCACACUUGCGGCAAACUUACAUUUCUCUCAAUGUCGACACUGCCCUGGCUUCUUACAGAAGAGUGAUAGAUGCCAUAAAGACUCAAGCAAAGAAAAACUACGAAGCUGAGAUCGGAAACAUGACAGAAUCUCUGACUGAGAAGCAAGGUGUCCUCGGGAUCGAAGGUCUCUUUGAAGACGUUAAAAUUGAAUCGACAGGGUACCGCGCACUUGCUUCUCUAAUGCUACACUUCAAGCAUCUGAAGCCUGCUGAGACCAUGUGUCAAAAUGCACUGGGUGGCCUCGAUGGGGCUCUCGAGACCGUCAGAGCUAGGGAGCUAAUGGCCCGAAUUCACUUGGAAGAUGAUGCACAGGCCGCUCGCCAAGACAUUCUCGAGUGUUCUGAAAAGAUGAACGACGAAAGUGUUCCGCUAAAUUUGCGCCACGCUGUCUGUAUCACCAAGGCGAGGGUUGAGGCAAAGCUAGAGAUGAACGAAGCAGCUGCCGCGUCUUACGCUCAUGCAAGGUCUGUCGAUCCGUCAGUCUUGAUGACUGGGGAAACUCUGAAUGAAGAACUCGAUCUGUUCUUGGAGGAGGACAGUAAGCAAGGCUUCAUUGGUGUUUUAAAGAGCUGGAGCCCACUGCAGCGACUAACCUGGCUUUGCUGGGAGUAUGACGACUACCACGGCGAGAGGUCACAAUUGCUCCGUAAUGUUGCCGUCCAGUCCGGGCAAAUUGAUUGUAUCGCCCAAAUAUACCUGGAUUCUAUCAAGUACUUGGACAAUGUUAAUGCAGCCGCACCGCUACGAAUCGAUCUCUCGUUGUUCUACCAGCAUGUGAUCGGGAACAUCGAAGCCGCAAGACAGGCCUUGGACGAGGUACUCGAUAGUGGUUCAACCGGCUACCCGUACGCCAUCACAGACUCGUCUCCCGACUACACUGUUACUCGUGCAGUUGACAACUACAGCGCACUGCUUUAUGGAAUCUUCCGAAGCUCCCACGACCCUAAGCAAAAGACAGAAUUACUUACUACUGUCGAAGGGCUACUCAACCGUCCUCUCGCCCUGGAUGUACUGCCGACUUCAAUCACGUAUCUCACUUUCCGCCUGAUCGUCCUCUCUCGCAUGUACUUGAAGUUGGGCCCCGUCACCAAAUUUCAGGACACUCUGCAGAGUGUUUUGGCUGGCUGUAUUGAUGCACUUGGUGAUACAAUCAGUUGGAAUGAUGCAGACAAUCUGGCUUGUCUAUCGAAAGCUCUCGACAUUCUUGGCAAUUCCAUAUCAAAUGGCCAAGAACUAAAGAAGAUGGCGCGCACAAUGCAGUCCGCUGUGUUCUGUCAUCUUGACCCUAAGGUCAGACUGAUGGACGAUGAGAACAGCGACGAUUCUGACGAAGACGGUGGAGAUGAUGGAGAAUCCCAAACGGAUGCCAAGGCAGAAGAUCGGCCCACCGACGAAGGGGACCUCAUUGAAGGCGCCGAGAUGUUCUGUGACGGAACGUGUGACCAAGAUACUAGGAAGUUCUCUUGGUGGGGGAAGAGAUCCGCUUACGCCUGUCUGGUCUGUCGCGAAGUUGUCUUCUGCGAAGAUUGCUUCAAUAAGCGUAUUACGGAUGGGGAGGCUGGGAAGCCACACAAUGUCAUGCCGAUCUGUGACCAAGGCCACGAUUUUCUUAAACUACCUCUUGAGGGUUGGAAAGGAGUCGUAGAUGGGAAAGUAGUCUUGGACGGCGAAGAGCCGGUAGAAUUCGGUGAGCUCCUAAAACAGACACGUGAUGUUCUUUGCAAGGAGGGUUGGGAGGAGUUUUGGAGGAACUGA